CUACGCUGCCGCUACGCCGUGCUACGAACUACGCGGUUGGGUAAACACGUGCGCGCUCUCGUAUUUAUUAUUAUCUGUGCUGCAUAGACUAGUGGAAAGUUUGCUACAUUACUUUUCUGUGUUUCCUAUACUUUCAUUUUAGCGUUGGAAGUUUAUCGUACGUGGUUUUCAAGAACUGAAAACUUCAAUACAAAUAAUUUGAGAACAGUCGAAAAGUUUAUAAAAGAGUACAGUCAGUGACUUUUAGUGUUUAUCUCUGUACUGUUGUGAGCGUGAUCAGAACAAUGUACUCAUCAAUGUGGUUUAUGAGCAUCGUGGCUCUUCUGGUGGUGGAUGUCAGGACUGGAGCCUUGCAGGAUGGAGAUAUACGUCCGAGUCGGUGCCACGCGUGUGCUCUCGGGAACGGGACCACAUGUGAUGGCAAUUGGCCAUCUGUCGCCUGCCCCGACGAUAGACCGCUGUGUGCCACUGUCGCUAUUGCUCCUAAUUUCGUUUCAUCGCUGGCGUGUGCUGCUACCACAAAGACUCCUUGUUCAAUAAGGAAUCACGUAAAUAAUUCAUUUGAAUUCAUAUGUGUAUGUCACACCCAGCUUUGUAACACGCCAUUUUCUCCGGAAUUGCGACAUGAACUCCUUAAUUUUACGCUGCCUGCUGCGAACAGUACCGUAGAUAUGACGCUAAUCUUCUUUCAAACAUCCAAGUUUGCCAACGUCUCGGACAACAAUCUCUACAAAGCUAUAACAACUGAAUUAAGUGAAACGACAACGAUUAUUUCGAGAAAUUUGUCGCAAACGACGACAAUGGUGACGGUCCCCGGGACAAUAAACACUCAGACUACAUUGAGAGACGUGGAGAAGCCGAGAGCCGAGCCUUUGAAGCAAGAGCCGACGGCGCCUUCUGACGACGACGAGGACGAGGGUGAAGGCAGCGGCGCGGACGAGGAGGCCCGCGUCCACAACCACGCCGUGUCGGCCCCGGCCGCCCCGAGCUCCUUCCUCCCCGCCAAAGAGAACAGCGCACCUCCUUUAUACACGAACUUACUCUUCACUACAUUAUUCACAUACCUUCUAGUCUAGACGCAAAUUAAAACAACCCUAGGUGUAUUCAAAAUUUUCUCUAAUAAGUACAAUAAUAUUAAGAGAGUAAUUUAUGAAUAUAUACCCAGAGAAUUUAACUGAAACUAGCGUUGACCUGUUGGGAACAAAUAAGUACGUUUUGUAAUUUCACGUAUUUCAAACUCCUUUUUGAUUUAUGGAGCUAAGGGCGGUUAGACUAUUAAGUACACUAUCUAGUGUAUAAGUGCCACUUAGAGUAAUGUUAUCCUGCCAUUUACUGUUUUGAAACACUAAAUUAUAAAUAGUAAAGCUCAAAAUUGAAACCUAUGAGACAACGCCUCGACUCUUCUUAUACAACGUACACGCAAUCAUAAUAAUUGUAAGAAAUAAGACACUACAAUAAGCACUUUUUGCUUUCAUCCUAAAGAAACGUUUCAAAUUAUUUGUCCCAUCUUUUACCUAACUAUAGGUACCUAUUCGCCUUCACAUUUCCAAAUAAAUUUGUGAUACGUUAGACCCUCGUGCCAAAUAUAAUAUUGUAAAUACUAAUGAGGUUAUUUGAUAUAGAGUUUCGUGUUCAACAAAUUAGGAUUGACUACGUAAUCUUUUUGAACAAUCACAGACAUAUUUCAGUAGAUAUUAUUGACUUGUAAUGAAAAUCCGUAAUUCCCUACACAAGAAUUUCAUGUACUAUCGGUAAAGGUAAUGGUGACUGAGUUAGCGAUAAUAAUUUGUAUUAAGUGUGUAAAUGUCUCAGUCAGUAUUUCUUGGCAACACUAAUAGGAUCGCGAAAAAAAUGUUGAAGACAAUGCAAUAUUUAUAUUUAAAUUUUCUGCAAUAAAGACAUGAAAACUAAUACCUAACAAUAAGUAAGUAAGAUAUUGAAAGUACACCGCAUGAAACAAUGAUAUCGAGUCAAGCGUCACAUUUGCCAAUAGUACACACUCAAAAUUUGAUUGUACAUACUUAGGUAAUAGUUGAGCAACUCUUAUUACAAAAGUUUUGCUAUCUACUACUCACUGAUCGAUUUUUAAUAUGAGAUUGUAAUAAAAGUGAUAAAAUGUAAUUUUAUUAGGAUAAUAUUGGUAAACCGACUUCUUGAGAGUUGAACUCGUAAGGAAGAAAGUCUCUAUAAUUUCACACAAUGUUUAUCAUAUAAAUAUCUAAUUAAAAUAUAUCUAAUUAAAAAGGUAUGUGUACAAGUCAGUGUGUCAUGUAUACAAGUCUUCUGCAAUGUACAUUUAUGAAUUUUAUUUCCUACCAUUAUUUAAUUAGGAAAAAAUAAUAUUAUGCAUACAAAUUGACACUUUUAGUUUCAUGAAGAAGAUUUGGAGGACAUUGACAUGUUUAGCGUAAGAAACUAAAAAUCAUAAAAAAAUCGACCAGAGACGACUUAGUUGUAACCUGUAGAUCGAAAAAUGAAUUCUAUUAGAUUGAAAGUAAUGGGUACAUUUUUGAAAAUUUCAAGCCUGUAAUUGCCUGCAAAAUAGUAAAACAUUGUGGCCACAUACAUCUCUAUCCAUACUUAUAGAUAUAGCGUCAAUUAAUAUCACCAUCGAUCUAUUGUUUUAAAAAACAUGUUGUUGUGAUUUAUUAAAUAAAUAAAUGAAAAUAGCAACCUU